GUGAUAAAGUUCUUACAAUCAAAAUACCAUUACAAAGAAGAGGCUGAAUCCAUUUGUGACAAAGUUCAAGUUAAACUCAGCAAGGAAUGUUUUCAUCCUUCCAGUGCAUGCAUUACUGACCUAAGGACUUUACAGUGGGAAGAAGCAAUCCAGGAAACAAAGGGUGGUGCAGCCAAUAGGAAAUUGGCUGAAGAAUGUUAUUUCCUGUGGAAAUCUACACGUUUACAGCAUAUGAUACUAGCAGAAGAUGUCAAAGCCAUGCUCACUGAACUUCGGAAGGAGGUCCGCCUACUUUUAUUAACAAAUGGAGACCGACAGACCCAGAGGGAGAAGAUCGAGGCUUGUGCCUGCCAGUCCUAUUUUGACGCUAUCGUUGUAGGUGGGGAGCAGAAAGAAGAAAAACCAGCACCUUCCAUAUUUUAUUACUGCUGUGAUCUCCUCGGAGUACAGCCUGGGGACUGUGUGAUGGUUGGUGACACACUAGAAACCGAUAUACAAGGAGGCCUCAAUGCAGGGCUGAAAGCAACAGUCUGGAUAAAUAGAAAUGGAAUAAUGCCACUGAAGUCAUCCCCCAUGCCACAUUAUAUAGUUUCUUCUGUAUUAGAGUUACCUUCUCUCUUACAAAGU